GUUUGCAUUGAGAGAGUGAAAGAAGGUGGUCGGGUGCUGCCGUGGCUUAGCUGAAGCCCCUGCCCUGCGCCUUUUUGCUCUGGGACUUCGUUCCUUUUCAAAAAAUGACUUCAAUUUGGCGUGCUCGUCCUCGUGUCUAGUCUGGCCUCAUUUCGAUCUCCCGAAGCCCAUGUCGUCAAAUGCCAUGCAUCGCUAACACGCCGAAGGAAGCUACUUGAUUCUAACGUAUCACUGCCCACCCCCAGCUGCCUCCUCCCAUGGUUUUGUGUUGUUGUUGUUGCGGUGGAGACGAGCACAGCACCGCCCGAAGAUCGUCCCGGCGGUCGGACUCCAGGAGGUCUAGCCGGAAGCACUCGCUGAUUUUCGGCGCUUCCGCCGAUAUCCACGUGAUAAAGCGUAAGGACCGCGGCGAAAAAAUCGAGGAUUUCUCCGUUUUCUCCACCUCUUCCUCCGAAGAACUACGGGCAAAGCAACAAGGCGUCGUGCCGCCGCUGCAUAACCCCUCGACCGAUCCAGCUUCCAGUUCCACACAAAAACCCCCGAUCAAGCUUUCCAUCCGGGUGGCGCAGCGACUCGCGAACGGACAUAAUGAGAACAAGACCGGUGGCACGACGUCGGAUCGGGCGGGGGAUGGUACAACAGCAGCAGUGGCCAGCAAGGAAAAGGAUGCCUCCGGUGAACAGAGUGGGAGCACGACUGCUACAGCACACCCAUUCAGGGAGCCGCCACAAAAAAGCGCCGGCCCUGGUGACACGAGUAACGCACCUCCGGCGAAGCCGCAGCAUCACCAGCACAAGUUUUCCGAGCACAAAACGCUCUUACUCCCGGGCAACUGGGCAAAUUUCACGGGGCGGCAGUGCAGUGACUUUCUGCUGAAAGCACUCGAGCUAGAGGACGAAGACGAGCCGCACGGUUUUAUCGUGCGGGACGGCACUACGGGUUUUCACUAUUACGAGGACGAUUUGCCGCGGCUCGCGAAGGACUGCACCGAGCAGGAGAUCGAUGAGCAGCAGUUCCAGUUUCUCCCCGCCGUGCUCCACACCAGCAGCAGCUUGGUCUGCGAAACCAUACACGCGUACGCGGAAAGGAGGGCGACGGUAUAGUGUUUGUGUUGCCACCUCUUUGGGGUCAGCGUCAGCGUCGAAAGCAUUUUUGCAGAUCAUGAAGUGCAGCAAGCCGCUGCUGGUGUAAGUAUGUAUCAGCAAGCAAGAACGCAUAACGCAACGUGAACCUCGUUAAGUGAAAUCAAUCGAUAUCGAUCCACCCACAGACCUUCGUUGACCCUUUGCAGCACACGGAGAUCGAAUUGCUGCUUCGCCACAAGAUGCAGAUCGGCUUCAAGCUUUACUGGGUCACCCGCCUGGCUCGGGAGCCCCUGCUGCGCUACUUCCAAGUCGUUGGCAACAAGGCCGGGGACUACAGCCUGAAGUGCUUUCUGCACGAGAAUCCGCUGCAAGACAGCGAGGGAGAGCAAAUUGAGUUCGACCACUGUUCGCUGCUGCUCGGCCAGCAGAACCACUCCGGGUUCGAUUUCCAUGACGAUUUGUUCCACUGCGAAGCGUUUUCCUUCUCUCUCGUCUUCACGAAAACCUCUGACACCCUUCUGCCAGAAACCCUGCAACGGUUCCAAAUCCUCAACCUGAUCGCCUGUUCGCAGCUGGAAUACGAUUACAUCGUCGGGGUGUUCAAGGCCCUGAUUCUGAACGCGAAAAGCCAGAAGGUCAGCAAGAAGCUGCUCUUAUCCUUUGUAAAAACGUCCCCACCCCAGAGUUGUAAUGCAAAUGGAAAUGCGCAAUGACAGGAACAUUUGUAAUGCGCAUCCCCAUGAGAGGUAUUUCCAAUCGUGAUUUGGCAUUUGUAAUGCUGUAAACAGGAUGAGAAGUUGGCUUUCUCAUGCGGCUUGCCUUGCUAUGCACCACUAUACUACAGACGGAAACUUGUCAUGCACAACUCCCAAAGCUUGCCGAUUUGUCUAGCAGAUUUCCCAUCUUGACUCUGGCGUGGGGACGUUUUUACUCAGGAUAGCUCUUCAACCACAGCGCGCGCUGGCAGGACGCCUACGCGGCGGCGGAGUUGAGGUCGUCGUUUCUUUAUCAAAUGCAAAAAUGUCUAGGUCUGGAAAAGUGUAGACUUGUCAUGCAGAUUUUCCAUGACCCAUGAGGUCUGGAAUGCGGGACUUAGCACGACAGACUUUGCGAGGUCUCUGCCAUGCCUAUCCUGCAUGAGAAACUUCCUUCAAACUUGGUCAAAAGUGUACCGCUUUUGGCACUCAUGCAACACAGAUUUUUGCAUGCUUCAGAUUCACCAUGACAAGUUGCAAUCUUCCACACCCUGACACUUUUGCAAUUCAUAUUCUUCCCUUUCUGCUCGGGUACAACUACACAGAGAUGUUUAUGAACAGCAGCGGGGGAACUACAGCAACUGCAAAUUCCAUCACGGCAUUGAGCGAAAUCGACUUUUGUCUGCGGUCGUUGCAGAAAUCAAGGAAGCUGCUCGAGGACGCCGCGUUGCUCGAUCCGUUUCAACAGAAGGAACUGCCAGGCGUUGCUGGUGGCAGAGACAGUGGCGUUUCCCCCUUACCGCCUGCUUCCCCAGCAGCGCCCGCGGCUUCCCCGGCCCUGGAAUCCGCGCGCUCGGUGCCGGAAACAAUCCGGACGGAAUACGACACGGAAAUCGAACGGUAUGACAACUCUGACAAUGAAGAGAACGAAAAUGACGCCCACCUUUUUAACUCCCCGCGCGCCAAACGCUUUUCCGUUACUUACGCCGACACGGUGUGGAACUCCGAGCCGGAGAGGAUGUUUGCGGAACCGACUUUGCAAAUGCUGUUUCACCUCCCGCCGGCGAAGCUUUUUGAGCGGCAUUCGGAGAUCGCCGAAAAGGCGGAAAAACACCGGAACGCGUGGAUCUACGUGUUUCCCGAGGCGGUGCUGCACGCAGGUCUGAAGAACUCCUUCACGUACGUGGACUACGAAAGGAAAGCCUACCGCUCCGCCAUCCGCGAAUGUCGGAGGUAUCUGAAGGAAGCCAUGCGGGAGCUUGGGGUUGCGGCCGCGCAGGCCGAAAAUUUUGGCAGUGCCACUGCUAGUGCUUCGAACCACAACCAACGGCGUCGAGACACCUUUGCCGCAGCGUCGCCGGAGGACGUGCUACUGGAGGCUGGUGGGGGACUCGUGAACAAGAAGCAAGAGACGCUUGUCGAGCGGAACAGAUGGAUAACAGCGUGGAAGAAAGCAAAGCCGGAACAAAAACUCGUCGUCGUCAUUUACGAAUACAAGGUAAGUACUUACACCACAGCUGCGGUAAAUUCGAUAUGAUUUUUCAAGUUUUCUCGAGCUUUCAAAUUGCUUUUGCAUGGUGAGAGAGUUAAUAAAGACAACAUCUGAGUGAAAGAUCUGUCGCAAAAUCCACCUUUACCACCCCAGGCCGGCCUCGAGCUUUCGUGUGCGGAAGUCCUGUACCGACGUGCCUGCAACUUUCUCAAAGUUUCUACCGAUAGCACAAUCACCUCGAGACUCGCUUCGGUUCCGCCGCCGCUGCUGAAACAGCAAGAGCUGUCUUCGGGGAGUACUUCUGGACUUGGGGCGCUGACCGGGAGCUGUGGCGUCAGCGAUUUCACCAAUCCGGUGCGGGAGAGAAUGUUUUUGGCGUGUUUGCGGCAGGAGGCGGUAGAUGCCUUCGGAGGGCCGGACUCGCUCAAAACGGCGAAUGUCGGCGGGGCGGGAAAGGGAAAGUUGUAGGCACUUGGGCAUUGGUUCGCGACGUUUCGUUGGUUUUGACAUAGGCAUCUUCAUCGUUUCACUUGGAAGAGCUUGUGAGAGGACCUCUGUGUCUGUACGAUGAAUUAUGUUUCGAAAACGAGAUGAAUCGAGGAAGAACUGUUGCAGAAAGAGGAUAUCGUUCACAAAAGUGCACUGACCUGGACCAUUUCGUUGCUUCUUUCAAAAUUGCCAUAUC